GUCCGUAGACAUGUUCGGGCCGCUGCUUGUUGUCGCUCUCAUCGCACUCACCGUCACCUCGGGUCAGCAUGGGCCAACUUUGGAUUACAGCACAGACGAGCCGAGGGAUGUCGGAGUUUUGCAACGACAAAAGCGCUUUUUUCCGCUAUUCAGCGUAGUGCGAUUUCCUAAUUCUCCGUGCACUGCAAGUAAUAGUUUCAAUGGGACAUGUUUUACGAAAAGAGAAUGUGCACAUCAAGGAGGAACUGCCUUUGGCACCUGCGCGAAUGGCUUUGGCGUUUGCUGUUUAUUUCAAAAAUCAUGCGGCACCACCACAAACGUGAAUAACACGUACUUUACUAAUCCGUCCUACCCAACGACCUACGAUGGUGGGGAUCGAUGCGUGAUAACAGUUAAAAGAUGUAACAGCAAUAUUUGUCAGUUACGCCUGGAUUUCUUAGACUUCACCCUUGCACAACCAACAGCUGAUGGUGUGUGUGAUUUUGAUUUGCUGUCUGUUUCUGGCGGCGCAUCCCGAGUACCACGAAUUUGCGGUGAAAAUACCGAUCAACAUGUUUACGUGGAUUUUGAAGGAUCGAAUCCCAUAACAAUAUCGAUUGACUCUAGUACAGAAUAUACUUUUAAACGGCGAUGGAACAUACGAAUACAACAGAUUGCUUGCGAUUCUGCGAUGCGAGCACCGAGUGGUUGCCUUCAGUAUCACACUGCAUUAUCGGGCAAUGUUGAUAGUUUCAAUUAUGGAUCGUCAACUAAUCCUCGAACUGUCACGACAACAGAUCCAACUGGAGCGGUGACGACGACGAGAAUAGGUACGAGGGAAAUGGCAAACCUUAACUACGGUGUUUGCGUAAAAAUGGCAUCAGGCUACUGUAGCCUUAGGUGGUCGGCGACAGAUUUUUCGGUAACUGGCGAUUUGACAACAACUUCUACACCAACACCUGCGUCUGGUACUGCCUGUACGACAGACUUUAUUAUUAUUCCGAAUCCGUUCGAAAGCGGUAUGGCUACUGGUGUCGAUAGAUAUUGUGGAUCUAGCCUUACCGAAAAAACGACUUUUUUAAAACCUUUUGUUUUAUACGUUGUCACUGAUGACACUGAAGAAGGUACUACUACAACUGAUACAGAGAACAAAGGUUUCUCUCUUAUGUACAAGCAAAUGAUAUGUUCUAUUUAAAAUAAACAGCUUUUUUAUACUGAAAA